AGUGCAUUAGUCACUUUCUGGAAGACAAGGCAGCAAUACUAUUUGCCAUUGAAGAUGAAGCCUCUGGUUCUCCUCUCUCCUCUCCCCACGUCUUCGUUCUCUCCCCGCGGUCACGCGCCACGCAGAGCAAGCGCUAGAUUCCCCACCCGUCUCUCUCUCCACUCCAAGACGAGCGUGGCAGAUGGUGCGACUCCCAGGGCUGAACACAAGCCUGGCGUGUUCGACGCUCUGUUCCUCAACCUGUUCCGUAGCAAGAUGGUCAAGGAGGUUGGAUGGGAUUCAGAGAAGCCAGGAUACGACGGGCUGAUCGAAGUCGCGCGCCGCCUCAUGAUGAAGGGUUCGAAUAACUCCGACACCAGAGAUGCGACGGUUCGGAUUUUAAGAUCGCUGUUCCCUCCGUUCCUGCCGGAGCUUUACCAAUUGCUCGUCGCACCGAUAGGAGAAGGAAAGGUAGCUGCAGUUAUGGUUGCAAGAGUGACUGUGCUCACUUGUCAAUGGCUCAUGGGAAAAUGCACGGUCAAUUCUGUCGACCUUCCUGAUGGCACCUCUUGUGAAAGUGGGGUCUUUGUGGAGAGAUGCAAGUAUUUGGAGGAGAGCAAGUGUGUCGGGAUCUGCGUCAAUACUUGUAAGCUUCCGACUCAGACUUUCUUCAAGGACUACAUGGGGGUUCCCUUGCUUAUGGAGCCGAACUUUGAAGACUACAGCUGCCAGUUCAAGUUUGGCAUUCAUCCUCCGCGGCCUCGAGAGGAUGCGGCCCUCAAGGAGCCUUGCUUGGAGAUUUGUCCCAACGCUAUCCGACGGAGAGAAGUCACGCAGAACACUGAAUUAGGAUGCCCAAAGGCAUGAUGAUUGCACAUAUGCAAAAGCAAGCACUGUACAUGGUACUAAAGUGGAUUACAAUUUAUAACUCCGGAAGAAUUCUAUGCAUAUGGCGAGAUAAAAUAGACUGUUAGUUAUUCGCAGAGGAUUACUUUAUUUUUUUUUUAAUGAAAAAAAUCAGCAGUUUUUCACAAGAUCGAUGAUUGAAUCAGCCAAUUUUUUUAUGCUUGUGGUAAGACACGAUCUUAUAAAGUGCACGUAGAAGAUUAGUAACCUCUGGAUAUUACUUCGUAAUAGUGGAUAUGGAACGAAAGUGUCCUGAA